GUGAGGCGGCCCCGGUGAGGAGGCGGCUCCCGGUGAGGGUGAGGCGGGACGGGCCGGGCUCGCAGUUCCAGGAUUACACACACCUGCCUGGCACCAGCGCAGGAGUUUGGCCACUGCUGGGACACAAAGGCUGAAGGAAGCGAAUCUGUGACCCGAGUGCUGAUCCAGAUGUUGCUGUGAAAUACCAAAUUCGUGCUGUGAUGAGCUCCUUUGCGAACGGACCAGGUCGUUGUUUAUAAUGUAGCUGCACCUGAAGACAUCCUGGGUGGCUUUGUGUCAUGCUGAGUAACACCAUGGGACAUUUCAUGGGACGCGGAGCCAUGAUUCCCAGGAAGCUGAAGCCGUUUCUCUGCAGGAUGCUGUCGGGUUACAAACCCAAAAACGACGUCAGGGACUCCUACAGAAUUCUGGAGCUGGAGGAAGGCUGUUCCCCCGACGACGUCAGGAACUCCUACCGCAAUCUCGCCAAGAAAUACCACCCGGACAGCAGCUCGGGCAUGGCCGACCCCAAGGCCUUCAUCAAGGUGGAGGAGGCCUACAGGGUUGUGCUCAGCGACCUGGCGGCCAAGCAGAAAUCGGAGCCCGCCGAGGAGGAGGAAGAGAAGCUCAAACACAAGUCCCUGCAGCACAGACACUACCUGAGCUUCGAGGGCGUGGGCAUCGGCACGCCCAGCCAGCGGGAGAAGCAGUACAUGCAGUUCCGCGUGGACCGCGCCACCGAGCAGGUGCUGCAGUACCGGCAGCAGCGGCUGGAGAGCCGCUACGCCGGCAGCGAGCUCAGCGUGGCCCAGGACGUGCGGCAGAGCAAGAAGGUGAAGAUCACCCAGGCGGUGGAACGGCUGGUGGAGGACCUCAUCCAGGAAUCCAUGGCCAAGGGGGACUUCGACAACCUCCGCGGCAAAGGGAAGCCUCUGCGGAAGUUCUCGGACAGCCCCCACAUCGACCCCAUGACGCACAACCUGAACAGGAUCCUCAUCGACAACGGCUACCAGCCCGAGUGGAUCGUGCUGCAGAAGGAGAUCCGGCAGACCAUCGAGCGGCUGCGCCAGGGCGUGCUGGCCUCCCGCAGGAAGCUGGGCCAGCCCAUGACGCCGCCCGAGCAGAAGCAGUGGGGCCGCGUUUGCGAGCAGUUCGCGGAGGACAUCAGGAAGCUGAACAAGAGGGUGGACGACUUCAACCUGGUGGUGCCCAUCCUGAGCAGGCAGAUGGUGCACUUCAGCACGGACAGGGAGAUCCUCCGCGCGCGGAAGGCUUACGAGGCGGUGCUGCAGAAGGUUUCUGACUCAGACACCGAGGGAAGCGAGGAGGAAAAGGGCAGAAGGUUUGGGUGGAAGUCUUCUCUCCUGAAGUGGUUAAAGCUUACACCGAAAUGAUUUCCUGCUAAUUCCUCUUGUCAAGGUUUUGGAUGCACUUUAUGGAUGAAAUGUAGCACUGGAAAAAUUUCAGGUUCACUGAGAAUGUCACAUGCACACUGUCACCUUAUUUGAAGGAAAUUGGGUUGUGUGAUGAGGAUUUGCAUUACUAAUAAUUGAGUUAUUUUUAAAUAUUAUUAAAUGAAAUGUGCCAGUU